GAGUCGGCAGUCAAACACUCGAGGAAGAUCCGCCGACGGCGACGGCGACGACGACGAGGGACGAGGCCCAGCGGGAGGGAGCUCGCGACGCAGCGAAGGGCUCGCGGCUUGGACGGAGAGAGAUAUGCUGGCUUGUAUAAUGCUGCCCCCUAUACAUUCUUGCGUGAACUUGUUUUCGAGUAAAGUAAGUAUAAGUAACGUCGAGUCGUCGAUAAAAGCGAAAUUCUGACUCGCCCUCUGCUGUGAGUAUUCAGUAUACUGCAUUGGAGCAGCAAAAGGCAGUCUUUACUCUAUUUCUAGGAAGUAGUUAGUAGUUCGAGUGUACAAAUCAUGUAUACUUAGGGCAAAUUUUGCAUUGCAAAGCUGAGCUGAGCUUUACGAAGACGGACGUUCUCGACACGAUGAGGAGCUGAUGUUUACUUACAGAAUCUUGUUUAACGCGCACAAAGGUCGUCUUUCUCUGUAUCAUCAUCAUCGUUCUACACUGCACCUUAUCGACUGCAGAGACUGAUUGCAAUGAGUCCCUUAGUGAUACUUGUUGACAGGAGCGUGUAUCAUGAUUGUAAAUAUUGAUGCUUGAAAUCAUGUACAGUUGACAGAUCAGGUUGUUUUGUGAUUUCUCAUGAAUUUUUAUACAAAAAACUCAGCCAAAAUUGAGGGGUCAAGUAGAAAACCUAAACAAAAAAAAGUUAUCAAAAAGAUGACUCCAAAAUUAAUGAAGAAGAAACAUACCAACUACUUUCGUAUAAUUUUACGAAUGAUGCCCUCCGAGUGUCCAGAUGCCAUAAGAAUGACUUUUGCAUUCUUUGCAAUAUCAGGCUUAGAUCUACUUGAUGCUUUAGAUGCUGAAUGGGAAUCGGCUGAGUUGAAACAAUAUGCAAUAGCCUGGAUAUACAGAUUGCAAGUCAGAGGUGCUGGUCCAAGGUGUGGUUUUCAAUCCUCAACAAUGAUCCCAAAUGAAAUUGUUACUAAAUAUCAUUGCGGCCAUCUUGCAAUGACCUACACCGGUUUAGCUAGUUUAAUUAUUCUCGGAGAUGAUUUGAGCAGUGUGGACAAGGAAUCCAUUCUCGAAGGAAUGAGAGCUUGUCAAAACCCUGAUGGAUCUUUUACCGCAAUGGUAACCGGCUGUGAGAGUGACAUGAGGUUUGUUUAUUGUGCCUGCUGCGUGUCAGCUAUUCUGGAUGAUUGGUCUGGAAUGAAUAAAGCAAAAGCCAUUGAUUACAUAGUAAAAAGCAUAUCAUACGAUGGAGCAAUCGGUCAAGGUCCAGGAUUAGAAUCCCAUGGUGGAUCAACGUUUUGUGCUGUGGCUAGUCUAUAUCUCAUGAAUGAGCUUAAUAAUGUUCUAACAGAAAAACAACUGGAUAGAUUAAAGAGAUGGUGUCUGAUGAGACAAGACGGAGGGUUCCAUGGAAGACCAGGCAAACCGUCAGAUUCUUGUUAUAGCUUUUGGAUUGGAGCUACUUUACAGUUACUUGGUGUUAGUGAAUUAUCCGAUUGUCAGGAGAAUAGGGCAUUUGUUCUUGACACGCAAAAUACAAUUAUGGGUGGUUUUGGAAAAUAUGAUAACGAACGUCCAGAUCCUCUCCAUGCAUAUUUAGGUCUGUGUAGCCUCAGUCUGAUAGGAGAACCUGAUCUACGAGAAAUGCAUGCUGCACUGAAUAUUUCACAACGAGCAUACACACACUUACAGCAAUUACACGAAAAAUGGAGGAAUAAGUAAUUUGACACAUCGAUAUUUCCAUGAUGCACGCACAAUAAUAGGCAAAUGUUAAACGAAAUCUUUUAUAGCAUAAAUUAUUUUCGGAAAUCAGACUGUUUGUAUUAAACUUCUUAGCACUCUACAUUUGUCAAUUGCAUAAUUUUCUAGUUUGAGAAUCGGACUCGAUCUCUACUGUUUACAUGCAACACUUUUUAUUAUUUACAUGAGAGAUUUAUUUUAAAUACUAGGUAUAUGUUUUUCUUCUUUGUGCCAGCGAAUUUUUUAAAAUAAAUUGAAUAACGAUAUAUAGUUAUAUACGAU